ACGUCACGUCCGGCGGGCUGUCCAAUCCGGGAGCGGGUCCGUCAGCUCGGGAGAGUCCGUGUGUGUGUGUGUGUCGCCGCCAUGGAGACCAUCCUGGAGCAACAGCGCCGAUACCAUGAGGAGAAGGAGCGGCUGAUGGAUGUGAUGGUGAAGGAGAUGAUGGUGAAGAAAUCCACGCUUCGAGACCAAAUCAACUCUGAUCAUCGUGCUAGAGCAGUGCUUGAUAGAUACAUGGAAGUGGCUGGAAAUUUAAGAGACUUGUAUGAAGACAAGGACAGCAUGAGGAAGGAUGAGUUGAAUGCCAUUUCAGGACCAAAUGAAUUUGGAGAAUUCUACAACCGGCUGAAGAUGAUCAAAGAAUUCCACAGAAAACACCCAAAUGAGAUAAGUAUUCCAAUGUCGGUGGAGUUUGAAGAGCUGAUGAAGACCAGGGAUAAUCCAAGCGAGGAGGCACAGAAUCUAGUGGAGUUCACAGAUGAGGAAGGAUAUGGACGAUAUCUUGACCUUCAUGACUGUUAUCUCAAGUACAUCAACCUGAAAGGUUCAGAGAAAUCUGAUUAUAUUACCUACUUGAUUACAUUUGAUCAACUUUUUGAUAUUCCGAAAGAGAGAAAAAAUGCAGAAUAUAAGCGGUAUCUGGAAAUGUUGUUGGAUUACCUCCAAGAUUAUACAGACCGAGUGAAGCCUUUACUAGAUCAAAAUGAACUCUUUGGAAAAAUACAAAUUGACUUUGAGAAAAAAUGGGAAAAUGGCACCUUUCCUGGCUGGCCAAAAGAGACAAGCAGUGCCCUGACUCACGCUGGAGCUCAUUUAGACUUGUCAGCUUUCUCAUCCUGGGAAGAAUUGGCUUCCUUGGGAUUGGACAGACUAAAAUCUGCUUUGAUGGCUUUGGGUCUGAAAUGUGGUGGAACCUUAGAAGAGAGAGCCCAGAGGUUAUUCAGCACUAAGGGGAAAUCUUUGGAGGCACUGGACCCUUCACUAUUUGCAAAAUCUAAAUCCAAAGGCACUAAGAAGGAUUCAGAGCGCAAUAAAGAAAUUGCUUUUCUUGAAGCUCAAGUGUAUGAAUAUAUAGAAAUUCUUGGGGAGCAGAGACAGCUCACUAGAGAAAACGUACAACGCAAACAAGCUCGGACUGGCGAGGAACGAGAGGAGGAGGAGGAGGAGCACGUCAGUGAGAGUGAAAGUGAAGAUGAGGAGAAUGAAAUCAUCUACAAUCCCAAGAACCUACCAUUAGGUUGGGAUGGCAAGCCCAUUCCAUAUUGGUUGUACAAGCUACAUGGUUUGAACAUCAAUUAUAACUGUGAAAUCUGUGGAAAUUACACUUACAGAGGACCCAAAGCAUUCCAACGCCACUUUGCUGAAUGGCGUCAUGCUCAUGGUAUGAGGUGUCUUGGAAUCCCUAACACAGCACAUUUUGCAAAUGUCACUCAAAUUGAGGAUGCUGUAUCCUUGUGGGCAAAACUGAAGCAUUCAAAGGCAGCAGAGAGAUGGCAGCCAGACACUGAGGAAGAAUAUGAAGAUUCAAGUGGAAACGUGGUUAACAAGAAGACCUACGAAGAUUUAAAGCGACAAGGGCUCCUCUAAAAUGUAGUUCCUUCCAGACCGUUGUUUCAUAUCUGUAAUGAUAGUUAUCAUUGUAGAUACUUUGUUAGUUUAGAUUCUUUUCCUUCCUCUCAUUAAUUCAAGGACCAUGUCCUGUACUGCCCAGAGUCUUUAUCUAACGCAAAAGACUGUGAAGAGAACUGGGUGUUUGGCAAAUUUGCAUAAUUUUGCAUCUGAAAUAUUUAACUUUGCGAAACUGGCAUAUUUCAUAACAUUUUGUGGGUUUUGCAUUAUAGCUUAAAAAACAAGUAUGGACGUUAACUUCCUCUCUUAGGGGCAUGAAAAUAGGAACCCUUGAUGGAAGUAUGGAUUUCUUGUUAGUAGAUGGAGACAUUUAAGAUUAGGCUUAAAUGUGUCAAAGAAAAAUAUAAUUUAUGGUAAACAGUAAUCUUUGUUUAAAACAGUGUGACCCUGUAUGUUUCUCCCUCAAUUUCUGUGCUUCUGUCAUUCACUUUUUAAUAAAGCAAAAUUGUGAUUUUUA